GGCCACUUUAUAUUUUUUUUAACUUUGCUUAGUGGUGAAGUCCCUUUGGAGCAAUUGACAGAAAGAAAAUGCCACCAUGUUCUAAAGAAGAAGCUCUUGUUAGACUCUUCUACAAUGUCUCAAGCUCUUUUCAGCUUCUCUUCAUCUUUCUCUUCUCUUCUUCUAUUUUGCUUCUCAACUUCAUCAACUUCAUUGGUAGCUACUCCAUUUUCCAAAGGGAUCAGCAGUAUGAAUAUGUGUCUUCUGAGUAUGAUGAAGAUGAAGAGAUUCAAGAAAGUUAUAAUAAUAAUAAUAAUAAUGAUGAUGAUGAGGAUUAUUCUAUGGAGAGAGAUCAUAUAGUAGCAGAUAUCAUUGGUGGAGGAGAAACCCUUUUGUUUCUUAAACAUAAUCAGAAUAUCUCUCAUGAAGAAUUCAUCACCCCCCAAGAGAGCUUCAUUGAAGAAGAUGAUUCAGAAGAAACCUUUUCAGUUCACAAGUCACCAGUGGUUUCAGAUUUUGGAAGUGAGGAACCAGAAGUAGUAGUAGAAACUGAAGAGGAAGAAGAAGAAAAAGAAUUGUUUCCAGCAAGAGAUGCUGAUUCUGUUCCAGAUUCUGUCCCAGUUGAGAUAGUGACAAAAAGUGACAUAUUGGAUAGAGACAAAAACUGUGAUGAAGAUAAUGAAGUUGGUGUUGGACUUGUCAAGAAUAAGAAGGUGCAAGAUUCAAACAAGAUCACAAGGGAUGAUGAUGAGAGAUUCUUCUAUGUGCAUGCUGGUCCUACUAUUACACAAUUGGACAGUACUAAUAAUAAGAAACUUAUUGGUGAGGAAAAGGAUCAUAAUAAUAAAUAUGAUGAGGAAAUAUUUGGAGAUUCUUGCACUGUAGGCUCCACUUCUAAGAGCUCCUCUGAAUGGAGGAGUUCCAUGAAAGAUUCUUGUUGUGGAACUGAAGACCCUUUUUCUUCAUCAUCAAGGAGAAGCUGCCCCAAGUGGGAAUCUUACACUCUUUUUCAAAAAUAUGAUGAGGAAAUGUCAUUCCUUCACAGGAUUAGUGCACAGAAACUUCAAGAAACUGAGUCUUUAAGAUCUAUUAAGGUGGCUCCAAGGUCAAUUUCAGAGAGAAUUGUGUACAAGUUUUCAACUGCAAAUAAGAAACUAGAAGGUGAUAAUAAUAUCCACCAUAACCCAUACAAUGAACUAGAAGCAGCAUAUGUGGCACAAAUCUGCAUAACUUGGGAAGCACUUAGUUGGAACUACAAGAAGUUUCAGUCAAAAAGAGCUUCAAGGGUUGACCUUGCUGAUCCUGGUUGUCCAGCCACCAUUGCACAGCAGUUCCAACAGUUUCAAGUUUUGUUACAGAGAUAUGUUGAGAAUGAGCCUUAUGAACAUGGAAGGAGGCCUGAGAUUUAUGCUAGAGUCAGGCUCAUGGCUCCUAAAUUGCUUCUAGUGCCCGAAUAUCGAGAAUCAGAUGAUGAUCAGAAGGAAGAUGGCUUAGACACAAGAAUAUCUUCAGCUUCAUUUCUUGUGAUAAUGGAAGAUGGGAUCAAAACAUUCAUGAGUUUCCUCAAAGCUGAUAAAGAAAGACCAUGUCAGAUUCUAGCAUCCUACUUUAGGAGAAACAAAAGAGCCUUGGUUGAUCCAACACUACUCCGCCUUAUCAAGAAAGUUAACCAUAAAAAGAAGAUUAAGGUUAAGGACCUUCGGCGUUCCGGCAAGUGUUUGAGGAGGAAGAAGCUGAAAGUGGAAGAAGAGAUGGAGAUUGUAAUGGCUCUGAUAGACCUGAAAGUGGUGUCAAGGGUGUUGAGAAUGAGUGAGUUGAGUGAAGAACAGUUGCAUUGGUGUGAAGAAAAGAUGAGCAAAGUGAAGGUCAUGGAUGGCAAGCUCCAAAGAGAUUCCACCCCACUUUUCUUCCCUCCUUCUUCUUCACAUUGAUAUGACCCCACUCCACAGAGGCAAAAACACAAACACCAAGAAUGCAUGAUGCGUGAUGACAUGGAUCAUGGAUCAUGAAUGUGCAUGGGAGUUUGAGACUGCACAAAAAGGAAUAUUCAUAGCACACACUUUGGUGUAAUAUAUGGUUUAAAGAAAAUGUGACCCUACUAACCAAAGUGUUUGAAACAUGUGGGGUGGCAUGGAUUUUGGAGCCUAAAAUCGAAAGAAAUAUUUUGUGUACUUAUUUUGUCUUGUAUAUUAAUUCCAUACAUAUUCUUUUACCAUCAGAUCAGUUAUACGUUAUAAAAGAAUAAAGUGUAUUGAAUUGAUAUACGAGGCAAAAAUAAAUACAAUUAACAUGUAUGAUAGAAAAAUGUUGGGUUGCAUUUGUGUUAGUGGGUUGAAUGUUGAAAGUGAAAGAGCAGAGGACAAAGAAAAAGAACAUGAAGAGAUAAAGACAAGUGUAGCUUUAGUUUUGCUUUAUUAGCUUUUUUAUUAGAGAGUAUAUCUGCCACAACAAGGGAUUUGAGAUGAA